CUGCUGUUUGCCCUUAGCAUGCCGGCCCGGGCAUCCUUACCAGCUCUUUGCCAGAGCAAGUGUGGACGAUUUCAGCAAGCUGGGGGUGGCCUUCAUGGAAGAUAGACUCCACUUGGCCAACGGGCUGGUUCCCCAAAAGAUUGUUUCGGUGCAGCUGCAGGAUUCAACUCUGCAGACGCUGCAGCAUCGGGCCUGCAACCUGCAGCCCAGCCUGGGUCCUGCAGCCGCUGAGCCUGAGCCGCUCUCACUGCCCAGCGCCAUGGCCUCGGUCGAGCAGCAGGGGACGCCCGAGGACGCGCCUUUGGGAGCACCGUCGGAGCAUUGCCACCUGCAUCUGUCCAGCUGCCUCGAGUGCCUGGAGCUGGAGAACAGCACCAUCGAGUCGGUGAAGUUUGCCUCUGCCGAGAACAUUCCAGAUCUUCCCUAUGAUUCCAGCGGCAGCCGGGAGGGCGAGCCCGAGGAAGGAGGAGGAGCAGCAGGAGGAGGGAGAGUGAACCUGCAUGGAAAGGCGCCCAACAUCCUGGUGUACACGGGUGUAGACGCACAGGCAGACUCGGGUAGCUUCCAGCAGGUGCACUCGGUGCUGGCCGACCUCGUGGACCCCGACUGCUACACGCUCUACCACCUCUCGGGGGACAGUGCCCUGCAUGACCCCUGGGCAGACAAUUGCCUGCUGCUGGUGCUGGCGGCUGGCACCGAGCCUCUGCCCUCAGACCUGCACCAGCGCUUCCUGGCUUACCUGGAGCAGGGAGGGAAGCUGCUGGCCCUCGCCUCGCCCUUCACCUGCAGCGGGAUGCAGGUGACCCCCAAGAGCACGCUGCAGGGGACGGUGCAGAGUAUGGUGUUCUGCAAGGCGGGGGGCAGCCCCAUCAUUCUGAAUGUGCUGACCGCUGGCUGUGUGUACCAGGACGGCCCUGGCUCACCGCUCGAACCCGGACCGCUCCAGGGCCACCUGGAGACGGGGGACCGGGACCGGCUGAUCGUGCACGUGCCUUUUGGAACCCGGGGAGAAGCUGUGCUCUGUCAGGUACACUUGGACCUGCCCCCCAGCUCUGCACUGGUGCAGAUGCCCGAAGACUUCGACUUGCUCAAAUCCAGCAAUAGCAGCAGGUACGAGGUGCUCAAGGAGAUCCUGACCUGUUUGGGGCUCCGCUGUGGGGCCCCCCAGGCACCUGCCUUAACGCCACUCUAUUUCCUGGCUGCCGCUGAGGAGCUCCGGGACCCUUUCAGGCAGUGGCUGGAGAAAUGUGUGGACUCAGAGGGGAUCAUCAGAUCCCAGAAGCUCUCCCUGAAGCUCGUCUCCUCCUACACUGCAGACCUAGAAAUCACCCCAUCCGUGCUCCCCAUGGUCAUGGACCCUGAUGCCUUCUCAUCCGACACCUUCGACCUGGAUGCUUACAAGCGGGACUUGCAGACUAAGCAGCUGGGCCGGAGCAUCCUGUUUGCGGAGGUGACAACUACCACCAUGUGCCUGCUGGACGGGUUGAUGUUUCAGGUGCCACCGGAAAUGGGCCUGAUCGCCAUUGCAGGCCGCCAGACUCAGGGCAGAGGGCGUGGCAGGAAUGCUUGGUUGAGCCCCGUGGGCUGUGCACUAGCCACCCUGCUGGUCACCGUGCCCCUGAGGUCCCACCUGGGCCAACGAAUCCCCUUCAUGCAGCACCUGGUGUCCCUGGCCGUGGUGGAGGCUGUCAGAUCCAUUCCCGACUACGAGGACAUCAACUUGCGUGUGAAGUGGCCCAAUGAUAUUUAUUACAGCGACCUCAUGAAGAUUGGGGGUGUGCUGGUCAACUCCACACUCCUGGGGGAGACCUUUUAUAUUCUCGUGGGCUGUGGGUUCAAUGUGGCCAACAGUAACCCCACCAUCUGCAUCAACGACCUGGUGGCUGAGCACAAUAAACAGCAGGGCAAGGAGCUGGAACCCCUGCGGGCUGACCGCCUGCUCGCCAGGACUGUCACAGAGCUGGAGCGUCUGAUCCACGUGUUCCAGGACCAAGGGCCCAAUGGCGUCCUUCCUCUGUACUACAAAUAUUGGGUGCACAGUGCACAGCAGGUCCGCCUGGGCGGCGCUGAGGGCCCACUGGUGUCCGUGGUCGGCCUGGACGACUCAGGCUUCCUGCAGGUCCAUCAGGAGGGUGGCGAGGUGCUGACUGUGCACCCCGACGGCAACUCCUUCGACAUGCUCCGCAACCUCAUCGUGCCCAAGCAGCGCUAGAACGGGCCCACUCCACUUUCCCCUUGGAUCUGCUGCCUCUCGUCUCUCAUGUCGUCCAUCCAUCUGUCUGUCCAUCUGCUUCCUGUUGUUGGCAGAUUCCCCAGGGUGGCCGUGUGGGAUAUUUCAAUGAGGGGCGGCCCCAAGGUUGGAGCAGAAUCGUUGCUUCCCCUCUUGCUCGGAUCAGGGUUGUGCAAUUAGUUUGCCCUCAUUCCAAUGUUUUCAUGUGGAACCGACCCAGGAAUAACUGAGAUGUUCUCCCAGAUUGUAGCCUGGAAUUGGGGUGAAGGAAACCCAUGAAGCCAAAGGGAGAGUCUGGGGAUGUUCAGGUGAACAUGGAUGAUGAUGCCUUCCUGGUUCAUGCAGGAAACAGCAUAUUGGGUCUCCUUCAGGCCAGGGCU